AUGUUAUGCCGUUUAAUUGCACAUAAUGACCAAAUUCCUUUAACACCUUCCAACGUAACUCGAUUUCAUUCUAGAGCAACGCCAUCCAUUACAGUAUCUGAUUAUCUUCGUCGUAUAGUAAAAUAUACAUCUUUGGAAAGGUCUUGUCUUUUGAUACUUCUUUUGUACAUAGACCGAGUAUGUGAAAAUAACGCGUUCACUAUAACAUCACUGACCGUACAUCGAUUCAUUAUUGCUGCGGUCACAGUAUCAUCCAAAGCAUUGUGCGAUUCUUAUUGUACAAAUACACAUUAUGCAAGAGUUGGGGGAAUAUCUACCCAGGAGCUAAAUACUCUAGAACUGGAAUUCUUAAAACUCAUCGGUUGGCAGUUGAUCUGCACUAGUGAGACAUUACAACAAUACUAUGUCAACCUAGUUAAACAAAAUUCAUUAUAUCGAAGGGCUGUUACCACUGAUUCUGACAGCUAUGGAACAUCGAUAAUGAUGGAUGUGAUUAGUGAUCCUGGCCAAUAA